AUGCGGCAAAUUCGAAGGGCUCUAUGUGCACAAGUGCAGAAACUAUACGCUACCGAGCGGAAUGACUGUGCUGACACUGUGCUUUCUGGUGAUUGGAGGGUAGCUCAAGAGCCCAGUCUAAGACGCCCAAACAGUCUUAGAGGAUUCUGGUCUCAGGUCUUUGACCAACCGAGCAUGCCCGACCCCGGACCUUUUGAGGCGACUGCAUCAAAAUGGUCGAUGCUGGUUCCACUUGCCGCUGACGAAGUCACUGAUGCCCUGAAGCAGAUGGAACAAACUGCCCCGGGUCUUGAUCGUGUUACUACAAGCAAUCUGUUAAAAAUGAACCAGGAUGGGCCUGUCCAGUUCCUGACCACGAUGUUGGUGUUACGUUGUCCGACGAGGCAACUGUCCAGGCGUCUUACUGCGUUAUCUGCUGCCCUGCGGGCUGCGGAGAUGCGCAUGAAUGCAAGCAAAUCUGCCAGUAUGACGAUAGUGAAGGACGGUAAGAGAAAGCACCUGGUUCUACCUCAGGGCCAGUUUGAAGUGGAUGGGUCUCCCUUGAAAUCGAUGAAUCCAGUUGAUGAGGCCAAAUAUCUGGGUCUGAGAUUUACCCGGAAAGGCCGGAACGCUGAAAGACAUACUGGAAAGCUAAACGAGAUGCUGGGUGAUCUCACUAAAGCACCACUCAAACCGCAUCAGCGGCUUGAAUUACUGAGAGUGUUUGCAAUUCCAAAGCUUGUCCAAGAUUUGACGCUGGGCGUCGCUCAUCGCAACACUCUGAAAUCCUUGGAUCGCAUGAUCAGAGAGAGGAGUAUCACAGAAGACCGAGAGGGCAUUGUGUUGAAACGGCGUGAAAUCUGCCCAUUCUAUUACGUCUGUGAUUUUGGCAAUCGCUUUGGACUGACAUUGACGCCUACGCAGCCAAUGCUCACUACUCCGUGCGAAGACUUGGUGAAGGUGUUAUCGAGCAAUCGAGCACAUCCCGGUCUAGCUCCAGAAAACGUUCAGCGGAAAGUUUGUAAGUAUGACGUCACUGAUAAUACGAAAGAAACUCAUUUCAUCUAUCAGAUAAACCCUGGUACAAAUGAAGCACUGCGUCGUACUACGUAA